AUGUUGUUGGGAACGAAAGCAGCAGCAUAUGCUCGACCCCGAAAGGGCAGAGGUUUCGGAUACCGAAGAUCGAUUCCUGCCCGCCGGCGCCAAGAAAGAAACAGAGACGCUCCAAUUGCUCUUCGUUGCAGAGAAGGCCCAUAG